UGGUAAACAAAAACAUGUGAUCUGGAAAUCGACGAUGUUCAGAGUUAUUGAAUCGAGUUAUGAUGCUGUAAACAAAUAUUUCCUGAUUUUCCUACUUGUUUUUGUUAUAAAGUCGUCCACAGAUAGUUUAACAUGUGACCAAAGAAGUUAUGGACACGGUUCUUAUGUUUGUGUUUGUAACUCAACAUACUGUGACAGAGUAGAAUCUAAUGUUCCCGUCUCUAAAGGAACAUAUACUGUGUACACCUCAAACAAAGAUAGAUAUCGUCUUCAUAAAACCUACGGACAAUUUACAUCAACCCAUUCUACAACUAACAAAGGAAUAUUUACUAUCAAUAAAAAUAUGACGUACCAGACCAUGAUUGGCUUUGGUGGAGCAUUCACAGAUGCUGCAGGGAUUAACAUUGCUAGUCUGUCGUCUCCAGCUCAAGCUAAUCUACUCAAGUCUUACUAUUCUCCAGAGGGUAUUGAGUAUACAGUGGGAAGAAUACCAAUGGCUAGCUGUGAUUUUUCAACACAUCCUUAUUCCUAUGAUGACCAUCCUGGUGAUUUUUUGUUACAGAACUUCUCAAUGGCUGUAGAAGAUUUAAAGUAUAAGAUUCCUUACAUUAUAGCAGCUCAGAAGAUGAGCAAAAGAAAUCUGACUUUAUUUGGAAGUCCUUGGAGUGCUCCUGCUUGGAUGAAAGAUAAUCAGAACAUGACAGGAAAGGGAUCUUUGAUAGGACAACCUGGAGGCAAAUACUACAAAACAUGGGCUCAAUAUUUUGUCAGAUUUUUACAAGAGUAUGGUAAGCAUGGCAUUCAUCUAUGGGGAAUCACAGCACAGAAUGAGCCUUCAGAUGGAAAAUUGCCUAAUUUUAAGUUCCAAGCUAUGGGAUGGACACCUGCCCAACAAAGAGAUUUCAUCGCAUUUGACUUGGGACCAGUUUUAGAGAAAAAUGGCCUCCAGCAUAUCAAGCUAAUGAUUCUAGAUGAUGCAAGGUUCUUGUUACCUUAUUGGGCAGAACAGGUAUUUUCCAGUCCUAAAGCAUCAAAGUAUAUCUCUGGAAUAGCUGUCCAUUGGUAUGAAGAUUUUAUAACUCCAACUAUAGCUUUAUCAAGCACUAAUCAGAAAUUCCCAGAUAAAUUUAUACUGGCUACAGAGGCCUGUGCAGGAUCUAUUCUACCAUUUGGUAAAGUUAUUCUGGGAAGCUGGGAAAGGGCUGAAAGUUAUGCACAUGAUAUUUUACAGGAUGUCAAUAACUGGGUUACUGGUUGGACUGAUUGGAAUAUUGCAUUAGAUAUGGAGGGAGGACCAAAUUGGGUGAAGAAUUUUGUAGACAGUCCCAUAAUUGUAAAUGCAAAGAAGGAUGAGUUUUAUAAACAACCGAUGUUUUAUGCCAUGGGACAUUUCAGUAAGUUUGUACUUCCUGGUUCAAAGAGAAUAGACAUUAAAGGAAGUGAGAUUGAUGGCUUACAAAUCUCAGCAUUCAUACAGGGAGAUAACUCUAUAGUUGUUGUAAUUCUUAACAGAUCAGAAGAUGAUGGUGUUAUAUCUCUACAUGAUCCAGAAUUAGGUUAUAUUAACUUAUCAUACUCCAAACAUUCUAUACAAACUGUUAUAUGGUGGACAGGAUGAUUAUGUAUCUCAUUCUUUAUAACAUUGUGUCUCCAGAAUAUCACCCAUUACUUUGCAGACAAGUUUAUAAUAUAACCAACAUGUGCAGACUUUAUUGACCUGUGCUGCUCUUAUUAUGUUGGUAUGGUUCACUCAGAAAUUGUGUUUAGUUCAUUUUAAACACAUUUUAUGAUAAGAAUAAAUUCAGAUUGUCAUCUGUGGCUUAAAAUUCUAUAAAGAACUUAUUUCAGCAUCUUAUAAAUAUAUUAAAUGAUGCAGUGCAAUAAUCUGUAUUUUCCAUACUGAGAGUCACAUGUAGAAUGCUCAAUUAACUAAUCAAAAAAAAUUUAAAUAAUUAGGAUGGAAAGGCUUCAUUGAAGUAUUUCAUGGAUAAACAGAGAAGUCAUCAAGAUUUAAAUAUUGUGGACUUCAUUUAUAAUGUGCCAUAUUGUUAUUUAUAUAUUUUAAUAAAUCAUGUUAAGUUUAUAUUUUUUGUUAAAUUGUUAGAAACAUAAAAUAAAAGUCAGACUUACUGG